AACAUACGGUAAAGUCCGAGAUACUAACGAUCGAUGUAUAUCUCUCGCAGGACACGAUGUUUCAUCCAGUCACCAUUGGACUACUGUCGAUAGUAAUCUGCGUGACACUUGGUGAAGAGAGAACGAAACCCAAUGAUGAAGUGUGCAAUGACGAAGACUGCAGUAAACUUGUUUCGCAGAUAGAAGCACAAAUGGGAAAUUCGACGCCUUGUGAGGAUUUUUACGACUACGUAUGCGGCAACUGGAACGGCAGUAGAGAACUGAAAUCAAAGGACCUAAAGGUCAGAGCAGUCGCAGACCUCAUAAGGCUUUUGGAUGCAGCCUCUAAACCGACUGAAGAGCAAGUGAAUGCAACGGGCAUAUUGAUUAAUGCCUACAAAUCGUGUACGGCAACAGGAGAACAAGAAAAGCUUGCUGAAGCUGUGAAGAGUGUCCUCGGUAAAUACGGUUUGGGAGGUUGGCCACUUCUGAACGAGAACCAUGCCCAGGAAGACAAAGACUACAAAGAGAUCCUCAAAGAAACAGGCCCGCGUCCACUGUUUAACUAUUUCGUAUCUGACGAUGCUUCAGCACCGAUUAUAACCAUGACUAAACCGAAAGAAUUUUUUGUGUCUGCCGGAUAUGAAAGCAACUAUGCGACCUUGCUUUCCUCUCGAAACGAUGCCAGCGCGACUGAUGCAUAUAACUACGACGACUACGAAGAUUACGAGAAGAAAAGUGAAGCGGCGUAUGAAUCCUUCAUAAUGGAAGCAAUAAAACUGCUGAAUAAGACUUUCCCGCAAGAAAAACUAAACGAAACAGCAAAUAGCAUCAUUACAUUUGAGAAGGAACUUUAUCAAUACGCUUCUCAUGCCAGCGAUAAAACGACACAGAAGAAUCUCUCAGAAUUCAGCGACACUUUAGGUGGUAAUAUUUCUAUGGAUAAAAUUUUGAAAAAGGACUUUGACGUAAUAAACUAUACUAUAAAUGGGAGCACAAUUGUAAAAGUGCAUUAUGAAGAUUAUUACAAAAACGUGAGCAAAUAUCUGGAAGAAUCUCGUAAUACAACUGCAAUGAGAAAUUACAUAGGCUGGGUAAUGGUCAGAGGCAUGGCUGAAGCGGCAGGAACUCGUCUUCACGCAUACUACUUAGAAUACAAAAACAAGACAUAUAUUUCUGGGCUUCGUGAAGAAAAGAGAGACAAUAAGACGAUUUGCGUACAUCAGCUGCUCCAGCACAAUGUCAUGUACACUGCAUCAGCAUAUUUUUACAGUAAAAAUAAGUUUGACAACGAGUCAAAGGCAGAAGUAAUGAAGAUCUGGAAGUAUGUGAAUACUACGUUUCAGUACAUAAUUAAAAAUAACAGCUGGAUGUCCAAUGAAACGAAAACAGCAGUGCUUAAACGGCUGGUUGAAAUGAAUGUCGUAAUGGGAUAUCCUGACUGGUUGUUGGACGAGGCCACCAUUAAUAACCUGUACCAAUUCGUUCCGAGCAUUGACAAUGGAAGUUCGUUCGUCGAGCACUACUUCUAUCUUCGAGAGAAUGACCACUAUCAGAAGCUUCUUAAGCUUACCUCAAAAUACUUCAACAAAUCAUACGAGGAAGUUGUCCUGAAGUCACACGCGUUUUAUGAUGAAGAUACAGAUACUGCGGCAUAUCCAGCUGCUUCGCUUGUAACUCAUUUUAGAAAGCCUCCUAUACCCAGGUCCGUUAACUUUGGAACCAUUGGAACAAUUUUUGGACAACUAUUGUCUGCAGCGAUGGACAGAUACGACAGAAAGCGCAUAAACGGCAGCGUCGUUAAAACAGAAUUCUGGGAUGAUCAGACAACGACAAGUUUCUGCAACAACUCCAAAUGCCUGAACAAUUCUGAACAAUGCCGUGACAAAGAACAUUGUUACAGUGCAAGCCAUCAGAAGCUACACGAUUACGUUGGAGUACGCGUAUCGCACAAGGCACUAGAACGAAGCAAAAAGUACUACACGGAACCAUUUCUACUAAAUGAUACGAAGUUGGACACCGAGGACAAGAUAUUCUUUAUCUUCUUUGGAAGUCUCUACUGCCCGUACAGUGUAAAUGAAAAACGAUCAAGUGAUGUCAAGAACACCGUGAACCUUGUCCAAGAAAGAGCAGAUGCCGAAGAAAUUUCCUUCCCAAAAAGUUUGAACGAAAUUGUGUCCAUCUACCACAAGUUCAACGAAACGUUCAGUUGCAACGGGACUGUGUCAGACGCGUGUCACCUGGUUCCUGAAGAGAAGAUAUCGGAGGUUGGAUGUUGACUGAAGUUCGGGUCGAGCACCUUUGCGCGCACUUAUUUGUGAUAAGCGAAAUAAACGUUUGAUUAGCCCUCA